AACCUAUGUACUUGUUGGGAUAUCUGGCCAAUCAAAGUCAGGUUUAUCUUAUUGAUAAAGACUUCAAUGUCAUGGGAUACACUUUACUUCUCAGCUUGAUUGAAUACAAAACUCUUGUGAUGCGUGGAGAUCUAGAUCAUGCAAAUAAAAUUUUACCAACCAUUCCUCCAGAACAUCACAAUAGUGUUGCUCGUUUUUUGGAAUCUCGAGGAAUGUUGGAAGAUGCGCUAGAAGUGGCUACAGAUCCUGAUUACAAAUUUGAUAUGGCCAUAUAGCUGGGAAGACUUGAGAUU